AUGUACAGAGCUGCAAAACGUCCACUAUUUGUCCAUCAAUCGUAUAGCGAGCCCAGCACCGACUCAAAGAAAAAAAAUAUCCAGACUUCAAAUGAAACACUCUUAACCGCCGAAGGUAACUCUCAACAAUUCGCUGUCAAAAAUAUGGGAAACUCCCUCCGCGAGGAAAGUUUUGACUGGGAAAAUGACGUUAUAUUAUGCUUAGAACUAUCUCAGACCAAUUUAGGUAUUGUGAUAUAUGAUUUCGAACGCGAAUCACUUCUUGUUUUAAGCCAGGAUAUAACAGUUAAGAAUAACGAUUCCCAAACAUCUUGUUCAGAGAUCAAUAUGAUAUUAGAAGGUCUAAUAAAUGAAAAUAGACCCACAGUUUUGGUUUGUUCCAGCAAUAUGGGCGGUUCCUUAUUCGAACACUUAACAUAUCUAAGUCAUAGCUAUGAUUUCAGGAUUCAAAUGCAACCUAGGGAUAAAUUCAAGAUUCAGUAUUUCUUUCAGGCUUGGAUUGCUUUCCAAGAAGAGAAUGCAAUAAUUGAAAUUCAAGGGUUUCAGAUUUUGGAUCAUAUAUGCUCAAGUGACAAACUUAUAGAAUUGACUUCAACUGCUUUAGGGUGCAUAAUAAAAUCGAUGGAACAUCACUCUUUCAUGAGUUUGGCAGACGAAGGUAACGAGAAUAAUAACAAUUGUUUGCCGAAUUUUUUUAGUCGAGUUACUAAAGUAGAACAGCUGUUGUUGAAAGAUAGAGUGUUUCUUGACCAAGAGGCCUUAGAGGCUUUGCAGAUCUUCAGACCCAUUGAGAAUAUGAGCAGUUCUGGUAAGAAUACCAAAAAUAAUGCAUCAUGUAUUUUCGAUUUACUUAACUACACCACGUCUGAGGUGGGGAAAAGUUUAUUGAAAAAGUGGUUAGUUUCUCCUUUAUGCAAUAAGGAACUUAUCGAACAGCGCCAAUCUACAAUACAAAUAUUGUUAGACGACAAAAAUGCUAUUCAAUUUGACGACUUAAAAGAGGCGUUAAAGGAGAUUCCCAACAUCUUUCGGAUAAUUAAUACAUUAAACAAAACCGUUUCAAAGUUUAAUGCUUGGGUACAAUGGCACAGAUUUUGUGAAAAGGCUUUGGACAUUAUAAAAUUAUGUCACAUCAUUUAUGAUGACUCUAUAGAUUGUGAGUUGCUCAAGAAAAUUAAAUAUCAUGUUGAUAAAGCAGUUCUAGGGCAACUACUUCAAAAAACGGAACAAAUGAUUGACGUAGAAGCAUCCAUUUUACAAAAACAAAUUGUAAUCAAAGAUAAUAUCAAUGUGCAGUUAGAUCAAGCCAGAAAUACUUAUUCAAAACUUGAAAACAUUUUAAGUGUCGUUGCUAAUGAAUCAAAUGAAUUAGUCUCAUCUUUACUAAGUGAGAGUGAAAAAGCUAUAUUUGACAAGCUUAAUAGUGAAGAAAUGGCAAUAAAUGCGAUUUACGUACCGCAACUUGGAUAUUUAUUGUCGGUAGACAUCAGAAUUCAAGAAAUGAUUAAGGCAAAGGAACUUAGCUGGGAUGAAGUUUUUCGAGAAGAGAAUUUUAUAUAUUACAAAACCGAUGAUAAUAGGGCGAUGGACGAGCACUUUGGUGAUAUUCAUGCAAUUAUUUCCGAUCUUGAAAUAGAAAUUUUACAAGAGUUCCAGUCUGUGGUGUUGAACUCGAAAUGUUUUCUUUUUCAAGUAGGCGAAUGCUUUGCAGAACUUGAAGUAUUAGUUGGUUUUGCCAGAGCAAGUGAGAUUCACAAUUACGUUAAACCUGAAAUUGAAGAACAAGAGGGCAUCAUAGAUAUCAAAAAAGGCAGACAUCCUCUAUAUGAAAGUGCCGUGCUUACGUAUAUCCCAAAUGAUAUGGAAAUGGAUGGUGGGCCAUUUAAUUCUGAUACCUGGGAUGAAUCAUUUCAUAGAGUUGCAGUGAUAACAGGUCCAAACUCUUCAGGCAAGUCCGUAUUCUUGACUCAAAAUGGGCUAAUAGUGUAUCUAACUCACAUUGGCUGCUACGUACCAGCUGAUGGAGCUCGAAUUGGUUUGGUAGAUAAAAUUUUGACAAGAAUUGUCACUAAAGAGACGGUCUCAAAAACUCAAAGUACAUUUCAAAUCGAUGCUAACCAAAUGUCUAAGUGUUUAUCCUUAGCAACAGUAAGGAGUUUAGUCUUAAUCGAUGAAUUUGGAAAAGGUACAGAUGUUAUUGACGGUCCUUCGCUAUUUGGAGCUAUAAUUAAAAGAUAUUCAGAAAAUACAAAUUGUCCGAGAGUGAUAGCAUGCACCCAUUAUCAUGAAGUUUUCAGCCCCAAUAUUUUGACCACUAAUAUACCGGGCGUAUUAUUUUAUAAGACAGAAAUUUUAUUAAAAGACUCAAAUCCACAAAUAACUACUAAUGGAUUUGAACAAAAUAUCACAUUCCUUUACAAAAUGGUCAAUGGCAUUACAGAAGAUUCAUAUGGUAUCUACUGUGCACGAAAUUGUGGGUUAAGAUCUGAUAUCAUUGAUAGAGCACAAAAAAUAUUCGUUAAUAUUACUAAUGGUUUUGAUAUGGCGAGCUAUUACCAAAAGUAUUCGCCCCAAGAAUUAGAGCAGUUUCAUGCCAAUCAAGUUAUUGUGAAGAACUUUCUAACGUGGGACUUAGAACCAACCUCACAAGAAAACACCGUAGAGGAUAAAACUUUACGAAGGAAGCUUCUUAGGAUAUUAAAUUUGGAAAAGUAA